AUGCAAGUAUUACCGGCACAAUCUGCUACCUGCUUACUAUGCGAUACUUGGGAUCGCCGAUUCCUUGCAUUUCUUGUUUUGAUCAAUUUGAGUAUAAGCCUGUCAAGCUUUAGUGCAAUUCUUUCGAGGUUCAGGAUUGAUGCACUCGCAAUGCUAUUGCUGUGCUUGAUGCAUAUUGCUGCGCAGAUGUUUAUUGCAAUGAUGAUUGCUACUCUGUUCAUUGCAUAUGCAUUCCGUUUUGAUUAUACACUCUAUGUUUCAAGCAUGCAUCAAACACUUUUCAAGUGCAUGCACAGUCAUGCAUGGCUCAAGCACCCCUGCAUAUCGUCGAUGAUUGAGUUCAAGUACUUGGCAACAAGAAGUGGAAAGUCAUUGGUGGUUUCUAUAGGCAAUAGAAAGUACAUGUUUGAUCUGUUUGAAGGACUGCAGAGAUACUGCAUCGAGGCGGGUGUGAGCCUCAGCAAGGUUUCGGCGCUGUUUCUGUGCACAGACAGGUCGGUCCCACCAUUGGUAGGCACGUAUUUGACGCUGAGGGAUAUAGGGCGGGUGUCUCUAGACAUCGUGUGCGAUAGCACAACCAGGGAAAUUGCAGAGUCUGCAUCAAGAUUUGCAGACCUGAUGGACAUGAAAAUGAACUACAUGAGCAGCUACUCGGAUGAGUAUGUAAGCGUGGAAAUGGUUAGCAGUGCAUUCUGCAGCAGAUGCAUCGAUUACACAUGCAUUCACACGAAGGCCAGAAUCGAGCAUCACAAGCACCACAGAAGUAUACAAAACUGGUAUUUCCUGGACAUCAAGCCAAUCAGAGGAAGACUCAUGGCAGACAGAAUUCCAAAAGAGAUUCCGAAGCACAUGUACUCGAUGCUUACAAGGAGGGAGAUUAUACAGUAUGAUGGCAAAGAAUACAACGGAGCCGAAUACAUGGAAGAGGAUGUGAGUGUUGGGCUGGUUGCAAUUGUGUACUGCAUUCAGAACCAUGAUGAGCUUGUGCUUGCAGUUUGUAAGAGGCAGCCCAGAUAUGUAUUUUGCUUCCAGCCAGAAGCAAUCAAUGCCUUGGCAUCCUCUUUCCAUGCACAGUACUUUUUGCUAGAAGACAACUGCUUUGUUGAAUAUAGGUCAUUAUAUGCCAUUCAGGCGGAUCUUAAUGCAAUACAUCGAGACUUCCUCAUUCCAUCGGCGAUCAGCAAGCACAUCUGCAUUCAGAAUGGAAACACACUGCCACUUCAGAGUGGAGAUACUCUUGUGUACAAUAAAUUGUCGAGAUGCUUUUCUCGUUGCCAUGAUGAGCAAGUGUGUAUUAGUACAGUUCAAGACGAGGAUGCAACAAGCAGUGCUGCAGAAAAUAAUGAAACAGGUAUGGAUCAUGUGGCAUCCAAGCCUAGGUUGUUUUCUGAGUGCAUAUUGUUUCUUGGAACAGGCUGUGCCAUUCCUUCAAAAUACAGAAAUGUGUCGGUGAUUCUAUAUGAGUCCGAAAGCAAGGCAAUGCUACUUGAUUGUGGCGAAGAUGCACUUUUUCAGAUACACAGGGCGUAUGGAAGCAUCGAUGUACUGAGGAAGCUUAGGGCAAUAUUCAUAUCGCAUUCCCAUGCUGACCAUGUGCUGGGAAUAGUAUCUGUUCUAAGAGCUUUGGAUCACAAGGUGAAUGUAUUUGGGCCUGCAAGCAUAAAGCCGUUUAUAUCGAAGUUUGGAGUUGAGAAUUAUAGGUAUAUCGAAACAAAUCAUGCAAAGGCAUUGGAAAGGAGAUUCAGGAAAAAGUAUGAUGGUUUGAUGAACGAUCAGCAGCAUCACGGUACAUUUUGUACAGAUGAGUAUGUGUUGAAAUUCGAUACUGAAUUUGAAAUCUCUAUUUGUGGCGUUGACCACUGCUCUGAUUCCUGUGGCAUUCGGAUCAAGGACGGAAAAGUAGCAGUAGCAUAUUCAGGAGAUUCAAGAGCCUCAAAUCUAUUUGCACUAAUGUCACACAACUCAGAUAUCAUGAUACACGAGGCAACUUUUACAUCGGAUCAGGCAGACCGGGCAGCUCAAACACAUCAUUCGACAGUUGCAGAUGCCAUCGGAGUGUUUAAAAUGUCCAACUCAAACAACCUAUUGCUGACACACUUCAGUCAAAGAUACCCAAAGGGAAUAGCAUCGAGUGGAGAAUGGAUUCCAUGUGUGGACCUGUUCAGGUAUGUUGUGGGAUCUGAAUAUCCGAUGGAUAGGAUCAAUGAAUACUACAAAAGCACAGGCAUUAUAAACGAGUAUCAAUGA